AUGGAGACAUGGCAAAUCUUCUUCGGCGUUAUCCUCUUCGCCCUCCCGCUGACCCUCCUCCUUUUACGCACCGGUAAGACCGGCGGCGGCGCCCGGCGGCCCAUCCCGCCUGGCCCGCCGUCCUUUCCGGUGCUGGGCAGUAUGGUGUGGCUCACGAACUCGCCCGCAGACGGGGAACUCCUCCUCCGGCGUCUGUUUGCGCGGUAUGGUCCCAUCGUGUCGCUGCGCGUGGGCUCCCGGCUCUCCAUCUUCGUCGCCGAUCGCCGCCUCGCGCACGCGGCACUCUGGCCGACCGCCCGACCCUCGCGUCCGUCAGGAUCAUGGGCGAGAAUGACAACACCAUCACGCGCGCCAGCUACGGGCCCGUGUGGCGCCUCCUCCGCCGCAACCUCGUCUCCGAGACGCUGCACCCGUCCCGCGUCCGACUCUUCGCGCCCGCGCGCUCCUGGGUACGCCGCGUGCUCGUCGACAAGCUGCGGGACGAGUCGUCCUCCGGCGGGGCGGCCGUUGUGGAGACGUUCCAGUACGCCAUGUUCUGCCUCCUCGUGCUCAUGUCCUUCGGCGAGCGGCUCGACGAGCCCGCGGUGCGCGCGAUCGCCGCCGCGCAGCGCGACCAGCUGCUCUACAUCACCAAGAAAAUGGCUGUCUUCGCCUUCUUCCCGUCGCUCACAAAGCACGUCUUUCGUGACCGCCUCCAGACCGCGCACGCCAUGCGGCGGCGGCAGAAGGACUGCCACCUCCACUGGCCUACAGUGGAUCAUGGCCGAACUGGUCAAGAACCGAUCAAUCCAGGAGAAGCUCUACGAGGAGAUCAAAGACACGACGGGAGACGACCAAGAAGAGGUCUCCGGGGACGACAUCCACAAGAUGCCCUACCUCAAGGCGGUGGUUCUCGAGGGCCUCCGGAAGCACCCGCCGGGGCACUUCGUGCUGCCGCACAAGGCGGCGGAGGACAUGGAAAUCGGCGGUUACCUGAUACCCAAGGGCGCAACGGUGAACUUCAUGGUAGCCGAGAUGGGCCGGAACGAGCGGGAGUGGGAGAAGCCGUUAGAGUUCUCUCCGGAUCGGUUCCUGCAAGGCGGCGCAGGCGAAGCGGUGGACGUGACCGGCAAUCGGGAGAUCAAGAUGAUGCCGUUCGGCGUGGGCCGGAGGAUCUGCGCCGGGCUGGGCAUCGCCAUGCUCCACCUGGAGUACUUCGUGGCCAACAUGGUGAGGGAGUUCAAGUGGCAGGAGGUCGCCGGCGAGGAGGUGGACUUCGCCGAGAAGAACGAGUUCACCGUCGUCAUGAAGAAGCCGCUGCGUUCACGCCUCGUGCCCCGUAGGUCUUAG